GCUAAAAUGUAUUGGUUUGCGCUAACAUUGCUUAUCACGCUUCGCUUCAUACUUGGCGUAACUCGAACGUUAAUUGCAGGAGGGGGGUGAAUAUUCGUGUAUGUAGAAAGCCAAUUCACUUUCAAAAGAAAUCAGUCGGGCGCAACUGAAUAAAGAAACAUGCAUCCUUCCUAUUGACGCUGUCUGUGGAAAGAAUGGCUUGUGUAACAUGCGGCGGUUUGGCUGUCAGCUUUUUUUUCUUCGUGUUUCGAAGCAGUGUUGCUACAAUCGAAGAAUAUACACCUUUGUAUCUGAAGCAAAAAGGAUUGAGCGCUAUGCUUAUUGGAUUUGUACCGACGUUUGGGAUACUCACGCAAGCUCUUGGCGUUCCAUUAAUUAGCUAUUUAUCUGACAAAUUUCGCUCUAGAAAAUUGUUCUUGAUGUUCUCAAUUAUUAUUGUUAUCCCUCACAUUCUUGCAUUUAUUCUCGUUCAGUAUAAUAAUACAGACUGCGAAUCACACAAUGGGACUUCAAACUUGGCUAGUGAGAACACUGAAGUCAACAAGCAUAACAUGCCCACAAAUGCUAGCGAAACUUCACAACGUUCUACUUCAGCUGUUCUCAUGACCACAAAAGCUCCUACAGGUGGCUCGUCAAGUGAGCAGUUGUAUUUUGUGUUGGCUAUGGUCGCCUUGCGUGGUGGUUAUGAGUUAGUUAAAAGAUUUAUUGUCACGCAAAUUACUGUGGCGACAAUAACUCACACCAAAAAGGACAAGACGAAAUAUGGUUACUAUGCUUUCUGGGGUCAAAUCGGUGCUGGUAUCUCAUUGUUUGCUAUUGGAAUCCUAGUAGGAUAUUUCCGAGUUAGUAUUUGCAAUAAAAUGGAGCCCGGAUAUUUUCUUGCAUUUUACUAUGCCGCUGGAUUUCAGUUGACAACGUUAAUACCGCUGAAUUGGCUAAAAUUUGAGUAUUUGGAAAAAGUGAUUGAUUAUGAUGAAGUAAAGAGCGUGAUUUUCAACCCACAUUAUUUACUGAUGUUGGGAAUCUGUUUGUAUUCAGGAAUGUGUAGUGCGUUUCAAUUUAGAUGGGAGUAUUGGUACAUUGAAGAGUUAGGCGGUGGUCCUGUGUUAUUUGCAGUUGGUGGCUUUGUACGAAGACCCCUGGUUGGCUUGUGGUAUUUACUUUCACGAACGGCCAUCUCUAGACUUGGUGAAUACAAUGCAAUGUGUCUUGCCAUCUUUUUAUUUUCAGGAUCGUUUAUAGCUUUAGCAUUUAUCAAGGCUCCUUGGCUUGUCAUCGUUUGUGAUAUUUUUCAGUCGCUUGCUUUUGUCCUUCUCAUGUCAUCGAUGGUGGUUCACUUUUCAAAAGCUGGAUCAAAGGCUUCUAGUGCCUUCAUUCAAGGCUUGGUUACAAUGAUGCUUGCAGGCGUAGGAAAAGAAAUUGGUACAGUUGUGUUUGCGAAUUCAAAUGACUAUAAGAAGUACAUGGAAAGAACAGACCUGGGAUGUGGCGAUGAAGCGAUGAGUGACUAA